AAGGGGCGCUGUCACUGUUAUGGUCCUGUCAGGGCGCCGGCGUCGUGGUGUUUGGGCGGCCGCCACCUAAGAGACUUUGGUGGGGCAGACUCGGGGGCAGCUCGUCUCCGGCCUCGCUCCCAGCUUGCACCUCCCGGCUCGCGGGCCUCACCGUAGGGCGCGCGUGCGGGCCGGUGUCGCGGCCGCCUUGGGGCCUGGGCCCAGCCGCAGCCUCCUCCACCGCCGCCGGCUCGGAGGGGCCGCGAGAUGCAGCCGCCGGGCCCACCCCCGGCGUAUUCCCCCUCGAACGGGGACUUCACCUUUGUCUCUUCGGCAGACGCGGAAGAUCUUAGUGGUUCGAUAGCAUCCCCAGAUGUCAAAUUAAACCUUGGUGGAGAUUUUAUUAAAGAAUCUACAGCUACUACAUUUCUGAGACAAAGAGGAUAUGGCUGGCUUUUGGAAGUGGAAGAUGAUGAUCCUGAAGAUAACAAGCCACUCUUGGAGGAAUUGGAUAUUGAUCUAAAGGAUAUUUACUACAAAAUCCGGUGUGUUCUGAUGCCAAUGCCAUCACUUGGUUUUAAUAGACAAGUGGUGAGAGACAAUCCUGACUUUUGGGGCCCUCUGGCUGUUGUUCUUUUCUUUUCCAUGAUAUCAUUAUAUGGACAGUUUAGGGUGGUCUCAUGGAUUAUAACUAUUUGGAUAUUUGGUUCCCUAACAAUUUUCUUACUGGCCAGAGUUCUUGGUGGAGAAGUUGCAUAUGGCCAAGUUCUUGGAGUUAUAGGAUAUUCACUACUUCCUCUCAUUGUUAUAGCCCCUAUACUUCUGGUGGUUGGAUCAUUUGAAGUGGUAUCUACACUUAUAAAACUGUUUGGUGUGUUUUGGGCUGCCUACAGUGCUGCUUCAUUGUUAGUGGGUGAAGAAUUCAAGACCAAAAAGCCUCUCCUGAUUUAUCCAAUCUUUUUACUAUACAUUUAUUUUUUGUCCUUAUAUACUGGGGUGUGAUCUAAGUCAUAUAUGAGUAGAAAAAGACAUGUUACAUUUGUGUGUGUAGGCUGGGAACUCUUGCUGAGGGGAUUGAAGAAAUCCUGUUGCUGGUAAAAUUUUACAUGGUCCACAUGUAAAGGCAGGUUGAAAGUCUUUUUCAAACAACAUUUUUUUGUAUUUAAUUAUUUGCAGUUAUCUGGAUUUUUUUUUUUUUGGUCAGAAUUCCAAAUUCUGUUUGAUUCUUCAUAUUCCAGUGAAUAAAAUUUAAAAGCAUUGUGUUUUUAAGAUUGUGUCAAUAUUCACCUAAAAACUUGUGCCAAAAGCACCUGGAAUGGUAAUUAUAUUUCAUUCAAAGGGUAAAUAUGGCAGCAUCCUAAUAAUCUAAAAGCGCAAUUUUUUCUUUAAAGGGUUUCCUCCUGCAUUGCAGAUCCUGUAGAUAUAUAUUUAUAUUUAUACGUAUAUAUUUAUGAAAUUAUUCUUUUUAUUCACAAAAUAUAUUUCUGAAUAGCCUAAAAAUUGAGAUAUUUUCAAUCUGAUGCUUAACCUUUCUUUAAUUUGGCCAUUAAUCUUUUAUUUAUAAAUUCAGCUUUGUUUUUUAAAUUGUGUAUAAUUUUAAAAAUCUCAUACAUGCUUCAGUAUGUCCUUGUUAAGAGUCCUAAUAACAACUAAAACUAAUUUUUUAACAGUUGCUGCUGUAGAUUUGGUUUGCUUGGGUAUGCUUCGAAAAACUAUUUUUGAAUGCCUAAAUAUCUGAUUUCAGUUUAUGUUUAUCUUUCUGACCAAAGGAGCAGGAGGUAUAAUGGAUAUGGCAUUAUUAAAAUUGUCAAUAUGUAGAGAAAUAGUAAUAUUUAUAGCAUCAGAAAUAUUUUUAAGUGGUACUCCUAAGUCAUAAAAGUUGCUGGAAAGAGACCUUUAAAAUCUUGUGGUCUUGAAUAAUGUUAUAUGAAGUAGAAAAAAAUAAAAUGCUUCCCAGCUGUGUGUUUUGUUUUAUAACACCUUGUCCUGUAUUACUAAACAAGUAUCAGGUACUCUAACAAAUGUACAGUAUUUGCUAAGGGAAAUAUUAAGAAAUUUUAACUAGUGAAAUUUUUGUUGCAAAUUAUUUCAUAUACCCUGGUGUAUACUUUAGUUAAUAUAACCUUGUAAAGUAGAUUAAAUAUUUUAUUUAUGUCCAUAAAACAGCAAAUGCCUGGUAACUAUCAGCAAAUUAUAUUAUCCUUUCUGGUCUCAGCUGGAAGAGUUAACUGCUGUCCUCAAUAUGAUACCAUUCCUUUAACAACUUUAUGCAUCAGGAAAUAUCUAGCAACUCUGAAGCAAGUCUUCAAAGUACCAAACCCAUCUCUCCUCCUUUCACUAAAAAAGAAAGGGAAAAAAAAAAAAAAGGAAAAAUUUAUUUUAAGCUACAGGAAAAGGGUGGAGCUAUCUUU